AGUGGCACGCCCAUGUGACAGACUGCCGGAGUCUGCGCAUGCCCCUCUGAGUCUCUGCGUUCUUGCCAUUAAGACGCGACGGAUAACUCCCUUCCAGCAUCCUUGAAGCAUUGCGAACAGAGAACUAUAGCACUUUAUUUCUGUAACACCUGUUAUAUUACACACCAGGUAUCUGUCGUGAUGCUCAAAAGAUCGCGAGAGGUCUAUGAAACCCCCGCCCUCCCCUCUCCACAAGGGUCUCCUGCAAAGAGACCUCACAUUCAGCCAGUCGGGUCAUCCCCACUUGUCGGUCGCGGCUACUCAAAGUUCUACGGCACUCCCUGCUCUCGAAGCACUCCACGCACGCCUCACACUGUGCCCCUAGACUCACCAAGUAAUCCAUUCGGCGUGAAGCGUUCGUUGGUUGCGUUGGAACUACCUUCAGCUAUUCCUUUGAGGAAACACUUUGUGCUUCGGUUCCAAUUGGUCUGCGAGCAAGGGGGACCAUCGUAUAGGAGACAAAGAGGAGGCGUCUACAGAGUCGUACAAGUACCGCGAAAUUAUACCUUUCGUCACCUCCACAAACUGAUCCUAUUCCUCUUUGCGUCGGACGCUGACGACGACUUGCCUCCUCCGAGUAAGGACUACCGCGCCAGCAGCAAAGGAAAGGAGAAAGCAACGUCAAGCACGCAGUCAACAUGGCACGGGCACGUCUUCGAAGUGCAGAAACGCGUCAAAUUACACCGCUACCAUACCCAGGCUGGAGUGAUACAAGCAGGCGGACAGACUUUUGCCAAGUUAUCCAGUGUACGAGAGCGCCGACUGUUUCGUGAUCUCUAUGACCCUUCACCUCCCGAUGGCUUUUCCGUAAAUCUUGACGACUCUGAAGCGGAGGAUGAUCCCGAAGGGUGGACAUGGGUGUGCGAGGAUGACUUCACACUGUCCCAGGCCUGGCCGAAAAGUCUCGCCACGGACAGGGGUAUCAUCUAUCGCCACAGUCGUAACAUAUCUGUUCAUAUCACCCCAAACACGCUCGAAGUUGACCCGCCACGGAAAUCUAGCAGUAGUAGCCCAUAUGUUCAUCUCGCCCAAGGUUCAGCAGGGAAUGCCAUCAAACUUGCCCACAUGACUCUCGAUGAGAACGGCGAUGAACAAGUUCCAGGCGACUCAGAUGUCAUUUCUUUAGAGCCCAGCGCCAAAGUGAACAUCGCGCGAUGGAAUUUCCACAGAGCGUUCGCUGCUUUUCUACGGAGAGAAGGCGACCGCGAACGUGGAAUUCUACGUCGAUACCUGCCAGAGGAGCUCCUGAAUGAUUCCACGGUUGUCUUGCCAUCCUCAUCUCCAACGUUGCGUCCCAGCUCCGAAGCAGAGGAUUCAGAGCCCGAUACAGAAUUUACUCUGUCAUCCUCAUAUUUUUACACGGACCCAUUACCGUUUCCCAUGGUAACGCCAUAUCCUACCCACCCACUUCACCGAAAACGCGUCGAGCGUGUGGAACGCAGGAUGGAACGCUUGACCAAGAGCGGUAUGUCUGUUCUUAGUUCAGAUGACGAAGAGAGCAAGAAACGGAAGAAGAGCAAGAAACGAAAAAGGCCGUCGGAAGAAGUUUUGGAGUGGUCAGACGAUGGCGUUGAUGGGAAUGACGCUGAGGCGGAUGAGAACGAUGCUGAAGUAGAUGAGAACAACGCUGAGAAUGAUGAAGAGCAUGGUGCAGACUGGGAUCCCUUUGGUGAUGAGGUCGAGGUGUGAGAAUUGCUGGGUCUACAAUACUGCAAGGCUUGUCUAUAAUCAUUUUUACUCACUGUCGAGCGCAAUAACUAGACAUCCUCCCCAGGUUCCGUCUGUUUCUCUACGGACGCGAUCACAUGAAAUGCACGUGCAGUCGUAAAUGAGCGUCUGCAUGUGCCGGAAUCGGUAGUGCAUCGUGCGAGUAUACAGCUCAGGAACUCAUUUCCCAUUAUAUCUUACGGAUCCUCAACGGGCACCCUUCAGGCCGUUCACACACCUAAUAUGCGGUGAGACUAUUCUUGGUUUCAUGCCAAGCCGAAGGAUGCAUACAGGAAUACUCACACCCGCCGUCAAUUCUUUCUCAAACCCAACGAUUUUUCAUUACCAGGUCCGUGGUAGGCUGGUCGGUUGGCGAUGACUCUCACGUUUCUACCUGGAUCACAUUCGUUCUCGACCAUCUCUCUCACAGAUAUCUGCCUCCUCUACUGCUCUAAUCCGACCUUGAUAUCGAUUCGAUCGUCGAGACAUCUCUUUUCAAGACCCGACUCACUUGCACGUAUAUCGCACAGUAACUCGCUAGUGAUGGCCAUUAAGCUGUCCUUUCAACUAGAACCAGGGUCUUUGAAUCCUGACGAACGUGUACUUCGAACAUCACCUUGUUUUGCUACUAAUCUUCCUCGCAUUAAUUUGACAGUAUCCGUGAUCGAAGCC